GGACGCACUUUGAGCGCGCUGUCCCUUUAAUUGCAAACGUAACCGACGUGCUCUUCGUGCGUCAUUACGCAUCUCAGCGAUACAAUCCGCCGCCACGGAGCAAAGUGUACGCAGAUUGUAUAAUAAACAGAGCACACGAGAUUCUCAGAUUCAGCAGCUUUACUGGGUGUUCCGCAUAAUUCCAUGUUCUUCCUCUAAUACUAGGCUUGUUUACCUCAAACUGUAGCGUUUAUUCUGUUAUUCAGGGGCUGAAAAAGCUUCAGUAUGGUUACAUGUUGUGUUCACUGACCGGCCGCACAUGUAGCAUGGUUUUUGUAUGCGACUGUUUGGGAGAAAUCCCGGAAGCUCCAGUGUAACGACCUCCAUCUGCUGAUGGAGUGCAACUCAGUAGGUUUUUACUGAACCGCUGCACCUCAAUGCAAAUUUAAGGACAGGACAAGAUGAUCUACAUCAUCAUGGGAGUUUCAGGUUGUGGAAAAAGCAGCUUAGGGAUGUUCCUGUCUGAGAAGCUCAGCUGGCCGCUGCACGAAGGGGAUAAUUUCCACCCACAGGCGAACAUCGACAAAAUGUCUCGUGGUGAACCUCUCACAGACCAGGACAGAUUGCCUUGGCUUCUCAAACUGCAUGAAGUCAUUGAAAGCGAGAGGUGUUCAGGUUCGGAUGCCCUUGUGGCCUGCUCUGCCCUGAAGCGUCAGUAUAGACAGAUCCUCCUCCAUGGCUCCAAAGCCCUCACUUCCUCCUCCAACCCAUACCCAGACAUCUUGCCUCCCUCUUCUCCUGAUGUCUGUUUUGUCUUCCUGCAUGGUGACUACAACUUCAUUCACCAGAGGAUGGUGGCCCGGAGGGGACAUUAUAUGAAAGCAGACCUGUUGCGCUCCCAGUUUGACUCUUUAGAGCCUCCACUGGACGAUGAGAACGUGCUGUCACUGGACAUCAGGAAGAGCAUCGCUGAUAUGGCUGCGGAGGUCGAAAAGCACAUUGUGAGCUCCAAGUCGGCAGCAGCGAAUCUGUAACCACUGCAGCCGACCAGAAGUGCUUUCAAGUUGCUGUUGGUUAGAUGUCAAACCUGAAUAACUCAAAAACUCAAGGGGCUGGAUAGCCGUGAAAUUAAAUACAAACAUUCGUGGUCCAGGGAUUUGGUACUCUCCGACUUUUCCUGUAUCACCUCAAAGAAUGGGACAUCUGUAAUCCAGGGUGACAUGUCUAUAUAUUAUGAAAUAGUGUAUGAAUAUCAGCACUUUUCUGACAUUUGUGUUUCACAUGACUGAACACUACCCUCCCAUACAUUAACCUCAAGCCUAAACGUUUUGCAUGUCAUGUUACACACUUCAAAACUUAAAAGUGUACACUUAACAUGCAAAAUUUAACCUUUAUUUGAGAUUUAUAUAGACAGAGAGACAGCAGAUACAGGGGAUGUUUGAAUGUCUGGGCUAGCCGGGAAUCAAACCAGGGACUUGAGGCUUUUGCACCCUUGCAGUUUGCGCCCUAAUCUCUCAGCUACAGGUUAAAUUGCAAUUACCUUUUUUUCAUCUACAGACAGCGACCUAGUGGAUUUUUGUUCAUGUAUCUUUACAACUAUUGAAUGGAUUGCUGUGAAAUUUGGUGUGGACAGUCAGGGCCCCCAAACAAUAACUGAUUUGGUAAUUCAAUAAAAUUUCAUUAUCAUGAUGGUCACUGACAUGAGGCCUCUGUUGAUGGUUGAAGACAAAGGCUUCACUGCAAUGAUCUUAUUUGCUUUGUCAGUCCAAAUCUUCUAUUUCUGAAUAAAGAAGCAGAAAUUAAAAAUGUGUUUUUUUUAAUCCGAUUCAUCGAAAAAAUAAUCGACCGAUUAAUAUUAAAAUAAUCGUUAGCUGCAGCACUAGUUCAAACGAUUAAUGUGCCUAAGUAGAGGUUCACAGAGCUCCCAGCAUGUAGCAUUUAAUCUUGUAACAGUCCACAUUCCACAUCUAUUCUGAAUCUAGUUUGCAUUUUAGUAAAGAUGAAAAAUAAAACACAGUUUCAGUUGUGCCUCAGAAUCACAGAAAAGCAUGUGCAGUAGUGGGCGUUUAGCUUUGAUCCACUCAUUAGUGCUUCAGCAGACAAUGAAGUAGAGAAUCUUUGUGAUCUUCGGGCGCAUUUAUGAUUCUGAAAACUUCUAGUUAGCCGAAAACAUUUGAAAACACUGUCGAAGUGUCAUUCCAGUAAAUGGUGCAGAGGAGUGUUUGAACUGCAAACCAUCUGAACUGGAACUAAAAAGUAGGUUUUUAAUUUUACUUUAUGAAAGUGGUUUUAAUCUGCAGUAGAACACAGGGUCAUAGUGAUGUUAAAGUUUGCACUGUGAAGAUUCAGGGGUUUUACAGUAAUUGUUGGAAAAUCGUCAGUCUGAUUAUCUAUUUUUAAAAAUCUUUAAUAGUUCAAAUAAAUGCAGUGGAGUUUCUAUUCCUAAUUUGUCUGACCAGUUUUGAUCACAAAAGCAACAGACAAGCAAUAAACUGUUACAAUUAAGAAACUAGAACAAGGGAAUGUUGAUUUUUUUAAAUUAUGGUAAAAUCAGUGCAUGAUUUACUUCCACUCUACAGAAAGUAAACUGCCUAAUGUAUGAAAAGUUUUUGUACGUUUCUCUAAGCGUGGUCUGUUAUUUAACACAGAUUUUAAAUGACUUGUGAUCUUUUACAUGUUACCUUAACUAUUAAAUGUUUCUCUCCUGCUCCAUAACAGACUUUUAACAAUGUUCAUUUAUGACUAAUUUGCAUUAGAAAACUGAUUAAUUUAGCAGCAAGCAAAUGAUGUUUUUAUUCAGUCUACUGCACCGACAUCAAAAGCACCAAACAACAGUUAAAUCUUCACACCGAAUAAAGUCAAAUGAUUCAAAUUCAACACCUUCUCGCACAGAGCAAGUCAAGGCUUCGGGAUGACUUAUUGACAUGUUCAGGCGACACACACAGGUGACCCUGACUGUGACACACACACCUCUGUCACACAGAGCUGUUUUUGUGGUGUGACUCAUCUUCAAACCUCAGCCUAAGUAUUUUUGGAACUUCUAAUCCAGAAAACCCCCCUUGGCUACUCUCAUAUCUCACACACCCAGUCACACACACACACACACUGCUGGAGAUUAAAACCCCCUCAGUCUGGCAGCAACAGACAAACACACACAGGUUGUCAAGCAGAUCACAUACACGCAUAUCUGAUGACGGACUACGUGUCUUGUUUGUCAGGUAGUUGUAGGGUCUGAGAGAGAGGACCCAGAAGCAAAAAUGCAAAAUGGAGAGGAACCUGUCUCACACACACAAUACACUUUAGAUGGUGAAGCAUCACCUUUUAAUACUAUCAUGUGCUUAAUUUCCAUUACUUACAAAUUUACAUAAAUGUACCCAUUAAUUACACAACAAAUGUCACAGUUUGUAAGUUAUUUUGAUGUUGAGAACUCUCGCGUUUAAGAUGAAGGUUUUUGCCUCAUGUUACACUUUAGGUCAGUGGCGUGCACAGACAUUUUAAGGGGCAGGUGCUCAACGGGGGGAAAAAGGGCACCUUGUGUGGCGUGUAAAACCACUGGCUGCCUUAAUAUAACAGUGUAAGAUUUGAAAAAAAAAAUCACUUUCUGUAACGUCAUUUAUUUUGAUAUCUUAAUAAUAACACACAAAGGGUCAAUAAAACAUUGUACCGUAGCAUUGUAAAUGA